UUUGAAUCGGGGGGGAAGUUUACAGUGCGCUGACAGACUUUUGAGUGAGUUCAGUGUGGAGGGCUCCUCGGUGCGUCACACGCUCAGAGAGCCAGCAGUGAAGUGCGCGUCUAUCCCAGGCUGUCAUACAUGCACAUGCAGCAGAGAGCCCAGCUUCUUUCCAAAUACAGCAUUCUUCUUCUUCUUCUUCUUUUUCACACGCCUCACUUCGCUUCUUGUUUCGGCUGAGACUCGGGAAGGAAAUGGAUGUCAUACCGAUGUGCAGCAUCUUCCAGGAGCUCCAGAUUGUGCACGACACCGGAUACUUUUCUGCUUUACCGUCGCUGGAAGAGUACUGGCAGCAGACAUGCCUGGAGCUGGAAAGGUACCUCCAGAGCGAGCCCUAUGUCUCGGCCACUGACCUCAAGUUUGAUAACCAGGAGGACCUGUGGAGCAAGCUCAUGCUCGCCUGCGGGGACAAGUCAAAUGAGACGGACCCAAAGAGCGGCCACGUCAAGGAGGAGGUGGACAGUCACGACAUCCAGCCUCUUGACGUCGGCGGUUUCAACUCCGACGCCAGCAGCGAGGCCUCGGACAGCUCGGAGGAGCUCUCCCCGACCCUUGACUUCCCCUCUGGCUCUUUGACUGACAUGCUGGGUGACAGCGGAGAAGACUUGGGCUCUGCCAUCAUCAGCACGCCGCCCUCAUCUCCUGAGCUCAGCAAGGAAGGCACCGUGGCCCAGGUGUGGAGUGGGAUACAGACAGUGCUAAACUCACCGGGGAAAAUAAGGACUGGGAGCACAGAGAGGUCAGUGGAGAGGUCAGGGAUGACCAGCGGGGAAACGUCGCCUGACGGGAGGAGGCGGGUGCACAGGUGCCACUUCAACGGAUGCAGGAAGGUGUACACCAAGAGCUCGCACCUCAAAGCACACCAGCGCACACACACAGGUGAGAAGCCCUACAGGUGUUCAUGGGAGGGCUGUGACUGGCGCUUUGCACGAAGUGAUGAGCUAACCCGACACUUCAGGAAGCACACUGGAGCAAAGCCAUUCAAAUGCAAUCACUGCGACAGGUGUUUCUCCCGUUCGGACCACCUGGCGCUGCACAUGAAGAGGCACAUCUAAGAUGGCCUCCAUGUUGAGAGCUCUGAGGGAUGAGUCUGGUUGAUUGUCCCGACCAGUUGGGAAUCAGCAAGGCCGGUGUAUCCGGGGAGCGUUAACAGGGACACCGCUGUGUUCCAGUCAGUGGAACGACAUGAAGCAACACAGGCUAUUAUUUGCACCAUACUUUGUGCCUCCAACACCUCGCUGUGGUGAUUGCUCUUAAAAGGCUUUUACAGAGGAGCAGGGGGUGAAAAGAGAAGACGGGAAAGAUCUUGGCUGGAGUUGAUGGAAAGAGACUCUUUUGUAUGGUGUUAAAUGCUUUUUUUGGGGGGUUUUCUGUUUUUCCUGGAAGAUUAUGGGACUUCAGGAGUGGGGGUGCUAUUCCUCCACUGACAGUGUGUUUGCCUGUACACAUGGGACUCUGAGUGCCUGUGACUGGAUGCCUGUGCUGGCUUUAUGGAGUGGCUGGAGCUUGCGAGUGAAUGACAUGAACGGGGCGAUGUUAUACAACCACGGUUUUCUUGUUGGGGAGGGAAGGGAGGAAAAGGGGCGAUAGGAUGACCUGAUGUAAGAAUGAAUGCAAGCAAAGAAUUCUGUCUGUGUUGGUCUGUUCGCUAAGGCAGGGAGUGAGGGGUUGUUUGCUGGAGUUGAUUCCUUUUGUUCUUUUUUGGUUUCUUUGUCCAAAGGAUGACCCCUUUCUGCCUGGAGGUGGAAUUACAGCUCCCUGUCUGAACUUGGGAGGUUGUUUUGUUUAGUGCAGCUAUUAAAUGUGCAAUGUAUUACGUGGCCUGUCUCACAACAUACACGUUAUAAAGCUCAUUUUGUUGUUCAUUGUGUAAGCCUUGUAUCCAAAAAGACAAAAACAAACAAAAAACUAUUGUACACUAACACUUAUGACCAUUAUAGCAGCCGUUGCAUGGGAUCUGGGGAUGUCUUGCUCACUUGUGUGCAUAGAGGACAACAAAAUUCCAUUCAAGUGCAGCUACUUUCAUGUUACUUGGUAUCGUACUAUUGUAAAAAACAUAAGGCGGUCUUGGUUUUUUGUUAUUUUAAGAAAUUGGGGAUACCACUAUUGCUUAGCAACUGUCUUGGUUGAGGGUUUUUAUUUUGUUCCUUUUUCUUCACAUUUGCUUUUCUCUUUUGUUCUGUCUGUAAAUGCACUGUUGACCUUACUGAUGCCUUAUGUAAGUGGCCUUGUCCUGUUAAAAAGAUCACUCCCUCACACAUACACGCACCGAACGGCCAUUGCUAAUGCAAUAGUGCGUUUACUGAAUAGCUUUACAAAGGCUCUUAUCCAUGCACUUGCACCUUUCUUUUGUUUCCUCCAAACUUUUGAACAGUAAAAAGAAAACCUACAAAAAAUACUAUAAUAUUAGCUUCACAAUGACUGCCGCCUUUCCAUAUCUGUCACUUCGUUUCCUUGAAUACAUCAGAACAAAUCAUAUUCUAAAUGAUUCCAAUUUGAGACAGAGUUGUGGAGCCUUUGGGCGAAAAAAAAAAUCACCUUUAUAGUGGUUUACUACUAUGUAGUAUAAGACGAUGUGGAUGCACUGCAGAUAAACUGUAAGCUGCUGUUAAAGGUACAGAGCCUUGGAAACAUGUUCUCGUGUGCAUUUGGUCACAUAAGCAGUGAGGGGAUGGCAUUUACAGCAAACACAUCAGGGCCGUUUGUAAUAGUUGAUGUGUUCUCUGGUAUAAUAGAUGUGGUAUGAGAUGAUGACAGCAGUCUUAAUCACGAGUCUGUUAUUAUGUGUGUUUUGUCUCGCUUUGCUCUCAACGUGAGUCAGUAUUUUUCCUCAGUCCCAGUUCAAACAACCCUUAAUCUGACUAAACGGUACCAAGACCAGUCUAACCAGUUCAGCUGUGCUGUGCUUCAGGUCAACGGGUUUCUGUCUCUGAAGUGGGGACUGAGACCAACUUCACUUGCACAUUCAGACCUAAGUUAAAGGUAUUUUUUGAGGUAAUUUCAUCCCCAUUUGUCAACUGAGACAAAAGGUUUCCUCCUGGAUUAUGAACACAUCAAACAAAGUGUUAAAAAUAAACUUCAUUUGUUUGUAUCUUCAUAUCAGUUGGCAUCACAGGUAGCCUUGUGACAACCUUUUUGCAGGUUAACCUGUUGUAGAUUAAUAAAAAAAUCAGUUAGUAAUGCUUCUUUUUUUACACUGAGAAAUGUCAAAAGAUGCAAUUAUGCAUUUGUUGUUAAAAAGGCCAUUUUGUAAGACAGCAUAUAUUUUAACGGGUAUGGGACCAAAAGCAAGCGCAGUGAGUCAUUUCUAAAUAAAACCGAUAAAAGGCUGAAGAAUUACUGUAAAAUAGAUGCACUCCAUUUUUGUUUUCAUUUGUUUGUGUAACUUUUUUGUCAUGGGAGAACAAUUAAGUAAGAUUGAGUAAUGCACAUUAUCAGAUGGCAUCAAUAG